ACUCCACUUUAGCAGCUUUUCUUUAGUGUUUUUGUCGACUCUUUGAGCCAAAUUAAGUAGAGACUGUAGCUGCAUUUUCUUACUAAGAGAAGAAAAAAAAUGUAUAAUCCUAUACUGGCAAAGAGCUUUAGCAACUAUGAACGUAAAACAUUUGGAUUUGGUGCUUUUGUUGUAAUUUUGAUUAUCGUGUUUAGCAGUUGCAUGGUUUUCAAGUCUCAUUUGCCUCCUCUAUCUGUUAAUGGUGAUGCCAUGAAUUUACAAUUAUCUAUAAAUGCUGCUGAAGAUAUGCUUGUGAUCAAGGACACGAUCCUUCUCAAGAAAUUAGAAACUGAGAAAAAGGAUGCUAAGCCAAUGUGUAAUGUAUUAGAACCAUUGUCUGAUUACUGUGAGACUAAAGGAGACAUAAGAGUCCAAGGCAAAUCCUCAAUAAUUUUCGUUGUGUCACAUGAUUUCAACACCUCUAUUGGGAACAAUUCAUGGACUAUACAACCUUAUCCAAGAAAAGGAAAUGCAGGGGCAAUGACAAAAGUUAAAUCAUGGACAAUAAAAUUAGUAGAAGACGGCGAAAAUAUUCCAAAAUGCAGUAUUUAUCAUGGCUAUCCAGCAGUUUUAUUUUCACUUGGAGGAUAUUCAGGGAACCAUUUUCAUGAUUUCUCAGAUUUACUCAUCCCAAUCUUUUCAAAUUCGCGACAUUUUAAUUCAGAAGUGCAUUUUCUUGCCACGGAUUACAAAUCUUGGUGGAUAGGUAAGUAUCGAACAUUGCUCAAUAUGUUGUCUAAGCACAAAAUUCUUGACAUUGACAAUGAAAACGAGGUACAUUGUUUUCUUAGUAUAGUAGCUGGCCUUAAAUCUCACAAGGAAUUCAGCAUUGAUUCCUCAAAAUUCCCAAAUGGUGUGUCAAUGCGCGAUUUCAGACAGUUCUUGAGGAGUUCAUUUUCUCUGAAGAGAGCUGAGGCUAUUAAAUUAAACAAAGAUGUUGGUAAAAGGCCACGGUUGAUGAUUAUGUCAAGGAAAAGAUCGCGAAUUUUAUUAAACGAGGAAGAAGUUAGAAAAAUGGCUGAAGAUUUAGGAUACGAGGUUGUCCUUGCAGAGGCUAACCUUAGUACAAAUUUGUCAAGAUUCGCGCAAAUUGUUAAUUCUUGUGAUGUUAUUUUGGGAGUGCAUGGAGCUGGAUUAACUAACAUGGUUUUUCUCCCAGAUAAUGCAGUUUUAAUUCAGUUAGUUCCUUUAGGAGCAAUGGAUAAUUUGGCUAAACGUGAUUUUGGAGAUCCAGCAGGAGAAAUGAACAUAAGGUAUUUGGAUUAUAAGAUUGGUGUAAAUGAGAGUUCUUUGGUUGAAAAAUAUCCACUUGAUCAUAUAGUUUUCAAGAAUCCAUCAUCUUUUUAUAGGAAAGGAUGGGAUACAUUUAGAUCAAUUUACUUGGAUAAACAGAAUGUGAAAGUUGAUCUCAAUAGGUUUAAGUCCACUUUGGUAGAAGCUCAAAAGCUUCUAGCCACUUUUUGAUUUUGCACUCUAAUGUACAUUUUCAAUUUUUGACCAUCGCCUAAUGCAUUUUCCAAAAUUGUAUGAAAGAUUAUAUUACAGUCAGAUUUCUCUAUAAUAGUCAUAUUCUGUAACAACAUUUUACUAUAAAGGUUAAGUUGUGUCGUUGGAAUCAAA